UUUUUACUGUGUGCAAUGGAGACAAAAAAACAGGGCAGUUCUGAAGAUGUUGCUUCUUCUGGUGAAAGCAGUAAACCACUGGAGGGGCUGUUCCACAGCCAUUUAGAGGAGAGGGUUCGUCCUUUAAUCGACCUGAUUGAUUCUCUGAGGCAGCUUGGUAUUGAAGAAGAUUUAGCUCUACCAAGUAUAGCAGUGAUUGGAGAUCAGAGCUCUGGGAAAAGCUCAGUGUUGGAGGCUUUAUCUGGAGUGGCCUUACCUCGAGGAAGUGGUAUUGUUACCAGAUGCCCUCUGGAGCUUAAGCUGAGGAAAAUCAAAGGUGGAGUUCAAUGGCGAGCUACCAUAUCUUACAGAGAUGAGUACAUUGAGUUUGAUGACCCAUCCUUGGUUGAAACGUAUGUUGAAGAAGCCCAGAAUGAACUGGCUGGAGAUGGAGUUGGAAUAUGUGAUGAUCUCAUCACACUGGAGAUCAUGUCUCCUGAUGUGUGUGAUCUCACACUGAUCGAUCUCCCUGGAAUCGCCAGAGUUCCUGUGAAAGGUCAGCCUGACGAUAUUGGAGAUCAGAUUAAAAGUCUCAUACAAAGCUUCAUUGAGAAAGAACAAACUAUCAAUUUAGUGGUGGUCCCAUGCAACGUGGACAUUGCAACCACAGAGGCACUCAGAAUGGCACAGGAAGUGGACCCUGAGGGAAAAAGAACUCUGGCCAUUCUAACUAAGCCAGACCUUGUUGACAAAGGAACAGAGAAAAACAUACUGGAUAUAGUCAAAAAUCAGGUUAUCCCUUUAAGUAAGGGAUACAUCAUUGUUAAAUGCCGUGGCCAAAGGCAGAUUGAUGAUAAGGUCUCUCUGGCGGAGGCUACUCGAGUGGAGAAAGAAUUCUUCAAACGUCAUGAAUACUUCAGAUGCCUUUUGAAUGAAGAGAAAGCAACGGUUCAGUGUCUCGCCACCAAACUGACUCAAGAUCUGGUCGACCACAUCAAAAAAUCACUGCCUCUGCUUUCAGAGCAGACAAGGAAGCAGCUGUGGGACUGUAGAAAGAGGCUGGGUCAGUGUGAACCUGGCCCACCACUUGAUCCACAAAAGAGGAAAGACUUUUUGAUUACAACCAUGAUGAAAUUUAAUAACAAGAUCAACCGCCUGUCGACUGGAAGCGCAGGUAAUAAUGACAACUUGUUUGUUGAGCUCCGGUCAGAGUUCAAAAAGUGGAAGGAAUAUCUUGAGAGCACAAAAACCUCAUUUCAUGAGACGGUCCAGACUAUAAUAAAAGAAUACGACCUGAAAUACAGAGGAAGAGAGCUGCCUGGCUUCAGCGAUUAUAAUGUGUUUGAGACGGCGGUGCAGAUACUUGUGGUCAAACUGAAGGGACCAGCUAUUGAGACACUCAGGAUCAUCAAAGACACAAUCCAGAAACAGUUCACAGAGGCAUCCAGAGCCUGCUUUAACAACUACCCUUUCCUCCAGUGUGUUGCAAUGAACAAAAUAGAAAACAUUCAGUCAAGACAAGAAGUCAAAGUGGAGCAGAGAAUCCUGGAACAGUUUGAAAUGGAGGAACUGGUCUACACUCAGGAUGGAAUCUACUUCAAAACCUUUAAUGAGACUCAGCUUGUAAUAGAUGGUCAGAAAGCUUCAGAGGAUAAUUGUGCUAACCUUGACAGCAGAAGCAAUUAUCCUGAUAUGCUAAAAGCCUAUUAUGAGAUCGUAGUGCAGCGAUUGGCCGACCAGGUGCCCAUGCUAAUCCGAUACUUUAUGCUGAAGGAAUUUGCUCAUCUGCUCUGCAAAGAGAUGCUGGGAUUACUGGAUGGAGCCAAUGUUGUUGAGGCUCUGCGGGAGGAGUCAGAAGUCAGCAGACGUCGUAUCACCACUCAGAACCGCAUGGACCGUCUCACCAUCGCUCAAGAGAAACUUAGCAACUUUGUUUGAAGAAGACAUUUUGAUCCGAAUGACCACUUUAGGUGCAGCAACUUUUAUUCCAGUACAUUGCUGGGAAAUAUUAGAAAUAGUUUAAUAUGAAUUAUGUUUGUUUAAUUAAUACAUGUUAGCCCUAUAUUACUAGUUAUUGAGAAAUUAAUAAACACAUUUCCACAUUGUAGAAAUAAUAGACGAUAACUUUGAAACGCAUGUUUCACAGUAUAUUUGAUCUUAACAACACAGAGACAAUCAUCCUGCAUCAGUAAAAUUUUAUUU